AUGGAUCACAUUGAGACCCAGGAUCCGUUUGGCUUUGUAGGCUCGCACGUUGUGCGGAAGUUACAGCGGAAAGGACAGGAAGAGCAUGGAUGGCUCACGCGCUAUGACGAAGCUCUGGAUUGCUACACGCUGUUUGUGCCUGGUGGAGGAAAGCCCGUGUUGCUGUCGCGAGGAGAAGUGAUGAAGUUCCUCUCGGCGCCUAAUAUCGAACUUUAUGAUGACGACCACGACACGUUUCCUCCUCCAGUGAAAGAUCUUACUACUAGUCGGUAUCUAGGAGUGCAGCUGCGUCGGAAUCGACAAGGAGUAAGUGGCAACGACAAACGGAUGGAGAAAGCCGUUCGGGGUCACGUGAAAUGUUUCUUGCCGUUUGGCGAUCGGUACAGUGUCGAGUACGAAGAUGGCUCGACCGAAGAGAUCUCGGAGUCUGCUGUCAUUGAUGGCAUGAUCGCUUUGAUUAAGUCGCCGCCCUUUUCAUCACCCAGCCGAUCGAAAACCCGGAACAGGUCUGUUAGAAAAAGAGAGAGUGGCGGUUGUACGAAUGAAGUUAUGCAUGAAACCGUUCGAGGGAAACGACAAAGGGUGAAUGCUGCUCGCAACUUGGAGACUUCGAAAAUCCCGCCAGAGUCUGUAGCUGUGUUAGGAAAGGAAGUCAGCAAACAACAAAAUGAUGUUGUGCUAGUCGAUUUAACGGAAGCAGAAGCUGAUAAAGAUCAAGAAACUGAACCCGCGCCGAACAUUUUAGACAAUAUGAGCAGCGCAGCAGGUAGUGCAACGCGUGAGAACUCUCUCGAGAUGGCAAGUCACGCUCCAGAAGAAUUCGCUCACGUCGUUGAAGGCAAGGUAGCUGAAAAGCGUACUGUUGUGGAGACCCAGAAAUGCCCAGAUGAAGCAGAUGAUAGCGAGAUUGUGGCUACUACGACACCGGCAGCUGUAGCGCGUGUUGAGGCGCAAAAAGCAUCACGGUUCUACGUUGUUGAUUCCAAGCCGCAUGUAGCCAUGGAACCACUGCCGACACGUGCCAUGGCGUUUGAAUUCCUUCGAGCUUUACUGCUGAGAGUACUAGACUGUCAGGAAGUUUGUGGAGUCAAGACGGCCCGGCAAUUCGAGUUGCUACGCAACCUGGAUGUGCGACCCCACGAUGCCGUGGUCCGUUUCACGGAAGCUGAUGGGUUACUUGUGCUCAAUCAUUUGUUGAACUCGUUUGCGGCUAAAGAAGGUCACGACAAAAAUGAAGAGGAUGUGGAUACCGGUGACGAACGAGAGAGUGUACGAAAGCAAUUUGAGCGUGACGACGAACUGUUCAACGUGUUGAAAAUCGUGGCAAUGCUUCCAACACCAUCGCGAAAUCAGGUUAUUGCAUCGAACAUUGGAAAGACUAUCAACAUUUUAAGUAAAACACGUAGGCCCCCGGGACGCAUACGGGUUCUGCCAAUAUGUAUCACCGCUCUGGCAAAAUGGAUCAAGACUUCAUGGAUUAAAAACAUACCGGCCUCAAAGUGGACGCACGAGGCUUCUGUCCGCGCCCAACAGUCAGCUGGCCGACCGCAGCAACAAGCUCGACGCGGUGGACGCGGUCGGCACGGUACAUUCUCCGGGCGUCCAAGUUUCCAGUUGAACCGGCAGCAGACACCGCAGGAAGGAUGCCACACUCCGCGAGGUAGCACGCCGAUACCCGGGCACUCGCGAUCAAAAGAGGCCAUGCAUGCACAGCUACCUGUUUCACGUUACGCACGCAACAGUUUGAAACCGGACUGGAUGAGACAGAAGGAGAAGUUAUCUCGCUCCCGCUUUUGCAUCGAUGACAACAAGAAUGUGGAUACAAGGCUCUACCGGGACAACCGGGCGCACCGUCCCAUGAACGUCCCAGUAAUAGCCCCGCCAUCUCAAGUGCUCUCCAAACAGACCACGAAUUCAGAUCAGCACGAAGACGCUGGUGGGCCAGAUGGAGUCUUUGGACGACCUCAGAAACUACGUUUUGGCAAACGGUGGAGCACUCAAGAAUUUAGAAGUCAGGACCCGCCUGACACCUUGAGACAAACCUCUGGAUAUUCGUACUCGAUGUCUUCUAACGGUCGUUCGCAAUAUUCGCAACAUCAUUCAGUACGUGUGCGUCCAGUGCCGUAUUCGUCACGCCGGCCGCGACCCAUACUGCGACCUGUCAGUCGGUAUAAAGAUGGGCCAGUCAUUGACAGUGCGGGUACGUGA